AUGCCACAUAGAGAUCAGCCUGCUCCAGACCAAGGCAUACAUCGGAUUGCGUGCUAUAUGGACAAGGGGUGGACGGGCCACGUUGAGUCACAGCCCAACCCAAGUAUGGGAACAAAGGGCGAUGAAAGGGCAUCGCGAUGGCGCCUGUAUGAAUCAAGAAAUGUACAGGGAAGCUACCUAUGACAAUACUUCCUAAUUCAGUGUAAUCGGUGUCACUGCGAGGUGGAGGCGUCGCUUAGUGGCUAAGAGGGGGCUUCAUCCAGGCCAGGGCAUACCCUGGUGUAGCUGUAGUGGAUUUUCUCCCGCAAACUCCAUUCCGACGCCGAGGCGCAACGAAAACAUCGCAUCGCACGCAGCAUUUCUCUGGAUGGAUCGCGAUGCAUCGAACGCGCCAUGGAUCCUUUGCGAGAAUGACUGACUUGUGUGGAUGUCAUAAUCUUUGCGUGGGACCCGUACCAAGUAUACUGAUACUGAUACUGUUACUGUUACUGUAUUCACACUGCCGCGCAUCGACUCUUGCUCCCUUACCCUACAGAACUCUUGCCGCUUGCGCGUACUGGUACUCGACUACCUACUACCUACUACCUGUAAAGAUAAACAGUCUCGUCCGCCUCGUCCGCCUCAUCCCUUCCUCCCUUCCCGCCUACCCUGGUUCAUCUUACAUCUAUCUUCAUCGGUCUCCCACAAGACCAAGACCUUGACCUUCUCAACCGCUCUUAUGGACCAUGGCUCUGGACAUCACUGCUUCUCGAAUGCUGCGUAAACGCAGAUUUACGUUUCGUUCUAUUUGAAGCCCUUGAAACAACGAAUUGCGUUGUCAUCGCCUUUGAUAUCAUCUUGGCCAUAAACCUCAGAUAUAUGAACUCGGUACCGCAACGUAGGCAUUCAAAGCAUUUGGCCAGUCGAAAAUCUAUUCUUCUGUCCAUUCACGUAUCGUUCUAUUCGAAGCCCUUGAAACAACGAAAUUACGUUGUCAUCGCCAGUUAUAUCAUCUUGGCUACAAAUCUAAGAUAUAUGAACUCGGUGCCGCAUCGUAGGAAGUCAAAACAUUUGGUCAGUCGAAAAUCCAUUCUUCUUCUCCUCUUCUGUCCAUUCUCCUUUCGGUCAUCCCCCUGUUGUUGGACGGUUUCUAAUUGUCAAAAGCCCCAAUUCCCUUGCGAGUGGCCGUUGGAAAGACUCGCAAAGUCGCAGAGCCAACAACAACCGUAGACCUCGAGCUAGGCUCAAUACCUAACACGUCGCCGCAUAUUACGCAAUCCAAUCCUCUUACCAAGAUGACGAUGGACAACCUCAUCCAGAACAGCGAGGUUUACCUCUGCCACCCUCCACACACCCCACCAAUGCCACCUCCAUCUCCACCCUCUUCAGCAACACCAGAUGAAGGACUCCCUUACAUCGAGGCAUUGGGAUCAAUUGCGCCUCUAAAAACAGAAAUAUGCGGGGCGCUCUUUGGCAAUAGACUAGAUACAGCACACCACGUUUUACGGACGGAAGCUUCAGCACUUGAGGCUCUUACCAAACUCUACGCGAGCGACGCAGUUGCGCAAGAAGGAUUUUAUUAUGCAAUCGAGGAGAUGACAAAAUGUAAAAGGAGGAGAGGAAAGGUUAUGGUGACCGGAAUCGGAAAGAGUGGUCAUAUUGGGAAGAAGCUUGAAGCAACUUUGAACAGUCUUGGGAUAACCGCUGUUUUUAUUCACCCAUCCGAGGCAGUACAUGGGGAUCUUGGCGUUGUCUGUCCUGAAGACAUCAUCCUUUUUAUCUCGAAUUCGGGAAAAACCGCUGAACUCAUUCAGACCCUUCCUCACUUCAGUCCUUCACUACCAGCACUCAUCAUUACUGAGGCUACCUCUCCCGAGGCCUGUGAAAUUAUCAAACAGCGCCCUGGUACAAUCCUCCUACCAGCACCCCUACCAAUCUCCGAGGAAGCUGCUUUCGGAGUUAAAGCGCCUACGAUAUCUACCACUAUGGCGCUAGCGCUUGGUGAUGCGCUCGCCAUUGCAGCAUCAAGAGAAUUAUACUCAAACUCGCUCUCAAACGUUUUCCACAAAAAUCACCCAGGAGGAGCCAUUGGAGCUGCGAUCAAGAACAUCCAAAAGAUCCAGAAAGUCUCCGAUAGAGCUGUUCCAUUGAUAGAUAUCCCAGAUUUCAGCCGAACAUCAACAAUCUCACAAGUUGGAUUUGCGGCCUUCCAGUCGGAAAGCGGAUGGAUUCGAAUGGGUAGUGAUGUUGUCGUCCCACCUCGAUGUAUCAAGAACGUCCGAACUUCCAACACGGAGAUUCCAGCAAUAUCGAUACCAGGCUUGACGGCCUCAAGAAGGGACUGGAUCCAGGUGCCGUCUGAUCGGGAUGUUUCCGAAUUGCAAGACUGGAUCAGAAGUAUGCGACAAUCUGCUCCUGGGGGUGACGCGAUAUAUCACGACGGUGUGGUAUUGGUUACCAUGGAAGAGGAUGAGAUGUGUGGUGUGAUGGAGAUUGGAGACUUGAUGGCAUGAUUACCGAAUCUUUUCCGCUUUGAAUUUUCGCACAUAUCUCAUCUCCGGGCGUUUUUAUGUUUUGGCACUUUUUGGAUGGGUGGCCAGUUUAUUAUUUUUUUUUGGGGAAAUCUGGAUUUUGAGGGAAGAGCUAGAGCAGCCUCGUCGUCAUAUCUGCUUUUUUGUGUGUGUUUCCUUUUUGGCCUUAUGCGUUGACUAUCUUCAACACGCUACUCGUACCUCUGGUUGGAACACAAAUACAGCUAUGUCAGACCUUUUUAGAUUUCUUUUUUGGAUGGAUGGUGGUUUUGGAUGUGAGCUUUUUGAUCACUUGUUCAUUAGGGUAGAUGAUUCCUUGG